AUGAAGGCGUCGCCCAGCAGCGACGCUGGUGAUGUUGAAAAGGCAACUAGUAGGCGAGCCUCCGAAAUCACACAGCACGAAAAUGGCGCGGAAAGCCCAGGCAAUAGGACAAAUAUCAGGAGUUGCAAACUGACUACAUCCCCAAGCCAGUGCCAUGGUCCUGCUGAGGGCAGAGAGCAUUGCCUCGACCUUGGAAGCAGUCAAGAGAGCGUCUCGACUCCUAUAAACCAUGGCUACGACAAUGAGUUGGGCGAGCCCGGUGAUACUGCUGGCGCUAAUCAUAAUGUAAUUGACCGUGUCUUGAGCCGAAUUACAUCAGCAUCAAGUUAUGACCCAGGGCCUCCCCCGGACGGUGGGUGGCUUGCCUGGACUCAAUGUGCCGUCGGCCAUCUCGUCAUAUUCAAUACAUGGGGUUGGAUCAACUCCUUUGGCACUUUCCAGACAUACUACACUCAGCUCCUUCACAGAGCUUCUAGCGACAUAUCAUGGAUAGGUUCAGUCAAUGUCUUCCUCCUCUUCUUUGUGGGCACCCUCACCGGCCGCCUCGUGGACGCCGGCUACUUCCGCGUGCUUUUCUUGUUGGGAACCGUUUUAAUGGCAGUGGGCAUAUUUACAGUGUCCGUAUGCUCCGAAUAUUGGCAUUUUCUGUUGGCCCAGGGCCUGUGUUUGGGCAUUGGUCAUGGGUGUCUCUUUUGCCCAACCCUGGCGGUUUUGUCCACGUACUUCCUGCGUCGACGGGCACUCGCCUUGGGAAUCGCUGCAUGCGGCAGCGUAACAGGAGGCCUUAUCUUUCCUGGCAUGGUCCGCCAGAUGCUUCCCUGGGCGGGUUUCCCCUGGACAGUCCGAGCCAUUGGCUUUGUGCAGCUUGCAACUAUGAUUCUGGCCAACUUUCUAGCUCGUCCGCGAAUCAAACCUCGCAAGGCUGGGCCGCUGGUAGAGUGGUCAGCAUUCUUGGAACUGGAGUACACGUUUUAUGCCGCUGGAGCCUUCUUUAACUUCUGGGGUGUAUAUUUUGCCUUCUUUUACGUGGCUGCCUUUUCGCGAGACGGUUUGCACCCUCCGCUGUCAUAUCAAGAGUCCCUGAAUAUGCUCCUCAUCCUCAACGGUGUGGGUGCGAUUGGACGAAUUGCUCCGAAUUAUGUGGCUGAUCAAAUCGGCGCCAUCAAUGUUUUCAUCCCGACCAGUAUCAUUGCGAGCCUGAUGAUGUUUUGCUUCAUUGUCAUACGAGACCCCGUCGGCCUCUACGUAUGGGUUGUCUUUUACGGGAUAGCGGCUGCUGGUAUCCAAAGCCUCUUUCCGGCCGCGUUAUCCUUCCUGACAACGGACCUUCGCAAGCUGGGGGUUCGAAUGGGAAUGGUGUUUACUAUUGUGUCCUUUGCCGUGCUGACGGGACCACCAAUUGCAGGCGCCAUCAUUGAUAGUGCAGGAGGAUACACGGGAGCCAAAGCAUUCGCUGGCAGUGCCAUUGCCAUUGGGUGUGGUUUUCUCGUUGCGGCAAAGAUGACGAAAAUGCGAAAGUCGGGGCAGAGUUGGACCUCUCGAAUAUAA